AUGAACGAGACCGAUCCCAAGAGCAUCAUCAAUCGAAUCUGCGCCCUCAUGUCUCGGAAUUGGCUCCAGGGGGUGGUGUUCGGGGACGACACCGACCAAGAGGCCAUCGCCCAGAUCCUGGACUUCAUUUCUGCCCAGACUCACAUCCCCAUCCUGGGUAUUCGCGGAGGAUCCUCCAUGAUAAUGGCCGCCAAGGAUGACAACUCCAUGUUCUUCCAGUUUGGACCCUCCAUUGAACAGCAAGCGUCUGUCAUGCUCAACAUUAUGGAGGAGUAUGACUGGUACAUCUUCUCCAUUGUCACCACUUACUACCCUGGAUACCAGGACUUCGUCAAUCGAAUCCGGAGCACCAUAGAGAACAGCUUUGUGGGCUGGGAACUGGAGGAGGUGUUACUGUUGGACAUGUCGGUGGACGACGGAGACUCCAAGAUCCAGAACCAGCUGAAGAAGCUGCAGAGCCCCGUCAUCCUGCUCUACUGCACUAAAGAAGAGGCCGCCACCAUUUUCGAGGUGGCCCACUCCGUCGGCCUCACGGGAUACGGCUACACGUGGAUCGUACCAUCCCUCGUCGCGGGGGACGCCGACAACGUGCCGGCUGUGUUUCCAACAGGUCUCAUUUCGGUGUCGUACGAUGAGUGGGAUUACGGCCUGGAGGCUCGAGUGCGCGACGCGGUAGCUAUCAUCGCCAUGGCGACAUCCACCAUGAUGCUGGACCGCGGCCCUCACAUGCUGCUCAAGUCGGGCUGCCACGGAGCACCGGACAAGAAAGGCAGCAAGUCAGGAAACCCCAACGAAGUACUGAGAUAUUUGAUGAAUGUGACGUUUGAGGGGCGUAAUCUGUCGUUCAGCGAGGACGGUUUUCAGAUGCACCCCAAACUGGUGAUCAUUCUCCUGGAUAAGGAGAGACAGUGGGACCGGGUGGGAAAGUGGGAGAACGGUUCUCUGUCGAUGAAGUACCACGUGUGGCCUCGUUUUGAACUCUACUCCGGGGCGGAGGAGCGGGACGACGAUCACCUGUCCAUCGUCACGCUGGAGGAGGCGCCCUUCGUCAUAGUGGAGGACGUGGACCCCCUGAGCGGGACCUGCAUGAGGAACACUGUGCCCUGUCGAAAACAGCUGAAACCCCAAAACCAAACAGGAGAAUCAGGGAUCUACAUAAAACGCUGCUGUAAAGGUUUCUGUAUCGACAUCCUCAAAAAGAUCGCCAAGUCUGUCAAAUUCACCUACGACCUUUACCUGGUAACCAACGGCAAACAUGGGAAGAAGAUCAACGGGACGUGGAACGGCAUGGUCGGAGAGGUUGUGCAGAAAAAUGCCCACAUGGCAGUGGGCUCCCUAACCAUCAACGAGGAGAGGUCAGAGGUCAUUGACUUCUCUGUGCCUUUCAUUGAGACGGGCAUUAGUGUUAUGGUCUCCCGUAGCAACGGCACAGUUUCCCCCUCUGCCUUCCUGGAGCCGUUCAGUGCAGACGUGUGGGUGAUGAUGUUUGUGAUGCUGUUGAUCGUGUCAGCUGUAGCAGUCUUCGUGUUCGAGUACUUCAGCCCGGUCGGCUAUAACCGCUGUCUCGCAGACGGAAGAGAGCCUGGUGGACCCUCAUUCACCAUUGGAAAGGCUAUCUGGUUGCUGUGGGGUCUGGUCUUCAAUAACUCUGUUCCUGUCCAAAACCCCAAAGGCACCACCAGUAAGAUUAUGGUCUCAGUCUGGGCCUUCUUCGCUGUCAUCUUCCUGGCCAGCUACACUGCUAACCUGGCUGCCUUCAUGAUCCAAGAAGAGUACGUGGACCAAGUCUCAGGCCUCAGCGAUAAAAAGUUCCAGCACCCAAAUGAUUUUUCUCCACCUUUCCGGUUUGGGACUGUGCCCAACGGGAGCACGGAGAGGAAUAUCAGGAACAAUUACAAAGAGAUGCACAGCUACAUGACCAACUUCCAUCAGAAGAACGUGAAUGAAGCCCUCCACAGCCUGAAGACAGGUAAACUGGACGCGUUCAUCUACGAUGCAGCCGUCCUGAACUACAUGGCUGGCAGAGAUGAAGGGUGUAAACUGGUGACCAUUGGUAGCGGAUACAUCUUCGCUACCACAGGUUAUGGGAUCGCAAUCCAGAAAGACUCUGGCUGGAAGAGACAAGUGGACUUAGCCAUCCUUCAGCUGUUUGGAGAUGGUGAAAUGGAGGAGCUAGAGGCUCUUUGGUUGACUGGCAUCUGCCACAAUGAGAAGAAUGAAGUGAUGAGCAGCCAGCUGGACGUGGACAAUAUGGCAGGCGUGUUUUACAUGCUGGGGGCGGCCAUGGCUCUGUCGCUCAUCACCUUCAUCUGCGAGCACCUGUUCUACUGGCAACUGCGUUUCUGCUUCAUGGGCGUGUGCUCUGGCAAGCCAGGGGUCACCUUCUCCAUUAGCAGAGGAAUCUACAGCUGCAUUCACGGGGUCCAGAUCGAGAAGAAGAGCUCGGCGCUGAACUCCCCAUCAGCCACCAUGAACAUGAACAUGAACAACACGCACUCGAACAUUUUGCGUCUGCUGCGCACUGCCAAGAACAUGACUUCUGUGCCGGGGGUCAACGGCUCACCCCACAGCGCCCUGGACUAUGGUCACCGCGAGUCGGCCGUCUACGACAUCAGCGAGCACGGCCGCAGCCUGGCCGGCCACUCCGAUUGCAAGCCGCCUCCUCCCUACCUGCCCGAGGACGGCAUGUUCAGCGACUACGUCAGUGAGGUGGAGAGAACUUUUGGAAACUUGCACCUGAAGGACAGCAACCUGUACCAGGACCACUACCUGCACCACCACUCAGGCUCCGGGCUGGCUCUCGGUAUGUCGGGUCCCCUGCCUAACCGGCCGCGUAGCUUAGGGAGUGCCAGUUCGUUGGAGGGGGGGAUGUUCGAUUGCGACAGCUUAGGGGGAGGGGUAGCGCCCAUCUUCACCACCCAGCCCCGCCAGUCUCUGACACACAGAAACAGAGAUAAGUUUGACCUGAUUGCAGGUCACCAAACCCAGUCGAGCUUCAAGUCUGGCCUGCCCGACCUGUACGGAAAAUUCUCCUUCAAGGGUGGCGCUUCCAGUUCCGGUUUUAUUGCGGGACAUGACAGGUACUGUGGGGGAGGAGGGGCGGGUUCGGGGGGGGACGAUGGGAACAUCCGCUCUGAUGUAUCGGAUAUCUCCACCCACACGGUGACUUACGGGAAUCUUGAGGGGAAUGCCAAAAAGCGAAAGCAGUACAGGGACAGUCUAAAAAAGAGGCCUGCUUCCGCCAAGUCCCGGCGGGAACAGGAUGAGAUCGAGCUCGGCUUUCGACGGCGACCCCACCACACCAUCCACCACCACCACCAUCACCACCCUACUACACAAGGACACCGUUCAGCCUCCCCGCCUCUGGAGAGGAAGAGUCAGAGGGGAGGUAACUCUUAUUUGUUCCGCGACAAAGAGAAUCUGAGGGAUUUCUAUGUGGAUCAGUUCCGUGCCAAGGAAGGGGUAUCCCAAUGGGAGCACUUGGAUAUGACCGAUGCUCCUGGGAUGGGCGGUGGCAAUUGUGGUGGCGUAGUCGGCGGGGGUGGCGGGGGCAAUUGCACUAGCCUGGUUCCUGUGGACGAUUUUUUGAAAGGUAAAUCCAAGAAGACAGAGUGUAAGGGUGGAGUGGGAGUGGGGUCGCCUGGGGACUGGGAGUGCCGGAACUGCCACAGCAGUGGGAUUGGAGGUGGAGGGGGCAAACCGAUGUGCAUGCAUGGGGGAGGAGGAGGGUACCAAGCAGGAGGGGGCGUAGGAGGUUCUGGUGGAGGGGGUGGAGGUGGCGGGCAAGUCUCUAGCCGCCCCAGUUCAGCCACCUGCAAGAGGUGCGAGUCGUGCAAGAAACCAGGCAACUUGUAUGACAUCAGUGAGGACAACCUCCUCCUGGAUCAAAUUGGGGGCAAGUUUGCCCUGGAGGGUGGGAAGGGAGGGGGAGGAGCCCAAACCCAAGUGCAAAGGCGGAAGUUCGGCCCAGGUGGCAGGGUCUUACGCAGGCAGCAUUCCUAUGACACAUUUGUAGACCUGCAGAAAGAGGGUGCAGGCAGGAUGGGUGGAGGGGGAGGGUUUGGGGGAGGAGGCGGGGGAGCGUCGAUGCUGCCCCCGCCCCGAAGCGUGAGCCUGAAAGACAAAGACCGCUUCAUGGAGGGCUCAAGUCCUUACGCCCAGAUGUUCGAGCGGUAUGCGGGAUCGGACAGGGAGAGAGAGACGACGUUUUUCGGUGGUGGGGACCGUGGUAAGGGCGGGGGCUCGUCGUUCAGUCUGUUCCGUGGGGGUGAAGGUGGGUUGCAUCGUCGUUCGGUGGGCGAAAGAGACAUGAGGGACAGGGAUAGGAGCAUGAUGGGUGGAGGUGUGGGCGGUACACGCGGGGCUGGGACUUACUCCUUGUCUAAAUCUCUCUACCCAGAUAAGGUGAACCAGAACCCGUUCAUCCCAACCUUCGGCGAUGACCAGUGUCUAUUACACGGUGCCAAAUCGUACUACGUCAAAAAGCAGCAGCACUCUGCCACUGCUGGGGUGCUGUCCAAUGUGGCCCCUCGGUUCCCCAAGGAGCUAUGUAUGGGUGGACCCAUGGGCAACCACCAUGGGGGGGGACCAGGCAACAACAAGCUGCUUUCAGCCAGGGAUGGGUUAGGGAUGGGGCAAGGACAGAGACCGUUCAACGGCGCAAGCAAUGGGCACGUGUACGAGAAGCUCUCCAGUAUCGAAUCGGAUGUCUGA